AUAGAUGUACGAGUAUCGAACAAAGUCACGAUGGAAUCAGCAAGAGAAUCGGUUGAUAAGCACUGUCGGGCAUGUCUGAGUGUUGAGGAAUUGAUGAAACGUGCGCGCGAAAUGUCGCGGAAAUUAAAGUCGAAAACGACCUCGGAGAGUGGUGACCGUCAUACUGACCAUACGAACCAACCAUCUUCAUCUAUUGAGCAAAAUCACAGCGGUGCGAGUAAGGAGCAAGAAAAUGAAAAUCGCGCGCAAAAGACGACAAUAAGAGCGGAUUGCCCCUUAGACACUGAGCAGCUGGGAAAAUCAACGUGGAAUUUUCUGCAUACAAUGGCGGCGUAUUAUCCGGAACGUCCAUCUGAAGAGGAGAAGAAUAAUGCUCGAACGAUGAUGAAUUUAUUGGGAAAGCUGUAUCCAUGUGCGCCAUGUGCAGAAGGUUUACGUAAAGAUUUGGGCAAGUAUCCACCAAGAGUGGAUAGCCGUGAGGUGUUCUCGAGAUAUAUGUGUGAAAUGCAUAAUCGGGUCAGCGAAAAACUUGGAAAGGAACAAUUUGAUUGUUCAAAAUGGAAGGAACGAUGGUUGGAUGGUUGGAAGGAUGGAUCGUGUGAUUACUAA